GCGGACCGUACCGGGCUGUACUGGGUUAUACUGGGUUGUACUGGGCCGUACUGGACUGGGGGGGGCCGGGUCGCGGGCGGCCGCCGCUAUGGAGCGGUUCUUGCAGGGGAACCGGGCGGCUCUGCAGGAACACGUUCGGAAUCACCGGGAGGUCCACGUGGUGAUGGGCAACGAAGCCUGCGACCUGGACUCCACCGUCUCGGCGUUGGCCAUGGCUUAUUUCCUGGCGAAGAGCUCCUCAGCUUCCAAAGCCACCUUCAUCCCGGUGCUGAACAUCCCUCGUGCUGACUUCGCCCUGCGGACGGAGACGACGUUCCUGCUGCGGGAAGAGGGCAUCCCCGCUUCUUCCCUCAUCUUUCGGGAUGAGAUCGACCUCGGGGGGCUGCACGGCGCCGGGCUGCUCUCCCUCACGCUGGUCGAUCACCACGUCCUGCCCAGCGCUGACGCAACCCUGGAAGACGCCGUGGUGGAGAUCCUCGAUCACCGGCCGCUGGAACGGGAUCACCGCGGCUGCCGAGUGACAGUCGAGCCGGUGGGCUCCUGCGCCACACUGGUGACGGAGCGGAUCGCCCAAGGUCCCCCGGGCGUGCUGGACAGACUCACAGCCGCGCUGCUGCACGCCACCAUCCUGCUGGACUGCGUCAACCUGAGCCCGGCGGCCGGCAAAGCGACGCCGCGGGACGUGGCGUGCGUCUCCCUGCUCGAGGCGAGGUUCCCUGAGCUGCCGGCUUGCGAUGCCGUCUUUGGAGCCUUGCAAGCAGCCAAGUUCGAUGUCUCAGGGCUGACCACAGAGCAGAUGCUGCGGAAGGACCUCAAAGCCCUCGCUGGGGAUGAGCUGCUCCUCGCCAUCAGCAGCAUCUACGUGGACGUGGAGGCGUUCCUGCGCCGGCCGGGCUUGCUGCAGGACCUGGAUGCUUUCUGCCAAGCCCGGGGCUACGCCGGACUGGUGGCUAUGACCAUCUCUUUUAACGAGCACAACGAGCCCUCACGGCAGCUCGCCAUCUAUAGCCGCAAUGAGAACCUCCGGAGCACGAUUUGCCGGGCGCUGGAAGAGGCCACGACGCCGUCCCUGCUCCUCCAACCCCUGCCGAGCCCCUGGGACUGCGUGGGCGCCUACGCCCAGGGCAACGCUUUGGCAUCACGGAAGAAGGUGUUGCCCCUCCUGCGGGCGGCCCUGGGGGGAGCGGGUGCUGCUGGGGGCCCCGAAGAGGAGGCGAUCCCCCCGCCCACCCCGGUGAACAGCCUGGUGGAGGAGUCGCCGCUGGCGCAGCCCGUGCCACCCCUCUGCCCCCAGGAGGUCCUGGAGCGCGUCAGCCGCAUCGCUGUGGGGCAGCGCCCCACCUCCUCAGAAUGAGAAUGGGCGCCCACGGAGUCUGGGGUCCGAACAAGGAGUCUGGGGUCCGUACAAAGAGUCUGGGGUCCGUACAAGGAGUCUGGGGUCCGAACAAGGAGUCUGGGGUCCAUACAUGGGGUCUCCCCCAAGGAGUUUGGGGUCUAAACAAGGAGUUUUGGGUUUGUACAAGGAGUUUUGUGUUCGUAGAAGGAGUUUGGGGUUCGUAGAAGGAGUUUGGGGUCCAUACAAGGAGUUUAGGGUGCAUACAAGGAGUUUGGGGUCCGAACAAGGAGUUUGGGGUACAUACAAGGAGUUCGGGGUCUGAACAAGG